AAACCUUUGACACCGGAAGUGAAUAUUCUAGCGUUCCAGUACGCGCUGGUUGAUGUUAGCAUUUAUCUGAGCCCUGAGUUUCUUCACAUCUUGUGUCUUAAUAAAAGUUUAUUCUGAGAAUAAAGUCAGUUUUAAUCGCUAAUAAUCUAAUAAUCGCGUGUAGUGGGUAACUCGGUAAACAGCAGGGAGAUCAUUCGUGUUUGUGCUCGUUAGCCAGUUAGCUUAGGUUUUGUUGUUGCUCUACCCAGGUCUUACUUAAUAAAGUUAAUAUUAUUAUUAUUAUUAUUAUUAUUAUUAUUAUUAUUUUAUCGGAGAUUAAACUCGGCUGUGAAGAUGAGUCUAGCGAACAGCAGAGAGCAGAGAAUUACUGCCGGGAACCGAAUGACCAAAAUCCUAGAGGCGGAGGAAGAGGACGAGUUUUACAAAACAACAUACGGAGGAUUUAAUGACGAGUCUGGUGAUGAUGAAUACCACGGUGAUCAUUCAGACACUGAGGAUGAGGUGGACAGUGACUUUGAUCUGGACGAAGGAGACGAACCAGACAGUGAACAGGAAGAGGAGACACCACGCAGACGCAGCCGCAUCCUCACUAAAGCUUACAGAGAGCCCAUAAAGGUAAUGAAGCCCAGGGUUAAACAUCCAUCUGAGGAGCCGAAGCCUGAGAAACCAAAAGCAGAGAAACGUUCAGCACACGAGCUGCAGGAGAUUGGAGAAAUGCGUAAGUCAGUGAGGAAGUCUACGAGUGAGCACACCAGGAAGACCUUCGAGCGUCUGCAGGAGAGACAACAAGAAGCUCCGAGACGCCGCAGAGUACACCGAGACAAACCACUGAGUCAGGAGGAGUUACUGAGAGAAGCUCAACACACUGCACAGAGCAACCUGGAGUCACUGGAGAAUUAUGAGCGUUUAGAGGCUGAUAAGAAGAAGCAGGUGCAGAAGAAGAGGAGGUUUGAGGGACCGACAAUCCGUUAUCACUCUGUUCUGAUGAUGUCAGAGCUGCCACUCAAAGACGAGAACGUGGAUGUAGAGGGGCUGGAUCAGGACAUGCCACUGUCAGCUUCCUCUUCCUGUACCGCAGCAUCGGGGGCUGGGGCUCUCUGCUCGCGUACCUUCAUCACCUUCAGUGAUGAUGAAGCAUUUGAGUCUGCUUUUCCGCAGCUGAACCACGUCAGCCCUGACCUCCCCGUUCAAGAAGUGUGUCCUGUUACCCACAAUCCUGCGUUGUAUCGCGACCCGGUUACUGACAUCCCAUAUGCUGAUGCACGUGCCUUCCGCAUCAUUCGUGAAGCUUAUCGUAAAUACGUUGCUGCACACGGCUUCCCUAAUGACACAACACACACACCUUCACACACACACUCUGAGCCAUCAGGGGGCGCCAAAAGCCUACGUCUAAAGGGACUGACUGUAUAAACACAAACAACACAAGACACACACACACUGCACUGUUUUUGUUAUUAACACAGAUUAAAGAUGAUCAUGCACACA